AUGAGUGCCAGCAAUAACGGCAAUAAUGCGGCUACGAAUAAGAAGAAACCCAAGCAGAUUGAUUUCAUUGUUAAUACUGGGAAUCCCAACGAUGCGUCCAGCCAGGCGAACAAGAAGCGUGUGAGGUCCGUGGCGGCGCUGAAGUCUUGGCCGGAGCGGAGGAAGAAGAUUUUCGAGCAGUUGGAGAGUUCUUCGGCGGGAGGGAGUGGGAGUGGGAGUGGGAGUGGAAGUGGGCAGAGUGCGUUUUUGGUCGAGACGGAGCCGACGACGACGAGUUCGAAAUCUACGACGACAUUCACUGCUGGACCUGGAUCUUCGAGCGAGAGGAAACGAACGACUUCAACAACCUCUACAAUCGCAGGCCCACCCCGUCCCGCCCCUCCUCCCCCACCCACAAAGGAACCCACCUACAUCGGCCUCGGCGCCGGUUCCUCCCUCGCCCUCUACCACGACGCCCUGUCCCGCGUGCCCGCCACCAAAGCCGCCGUCGAACAAGUCCACCUCGUGCACCCCGACACGCCGUGCCAAUGCAAACAAUGCCGCUCCAAACGCCGCAUCGCCAACACGCCCUUGGGAGCGGUUUCCAGCACGCAGUAUGUCGUGCCGGAGCGCCGGAAACGUAUGGCGGAUGGCAGCGAGAAGCCUAUGGCGUUUGUGGGGGGUGGCGAUAUGGCUAUGCUCACGCCGCCGAGUUCGCCCGCGCCGAGUCCUGACAGGGGGAGGGCGGAUCCGUUUAAUUGUUAUCCGGUGCCGUAUCAGCCUUGGUUUGAUCAUAUUUUGCAUCAUAUGAUGACGGUCUACGCCCCCCGCGGCUGGCCCGCCCUCAAAAUCACCGACGAACAAGGCGUCAAAUGGGAAUGGUUCAUGACGCAAAACGCCCUCUCCGAGCCCGCCCUCUUCUACGUCCGCCUGCUCUUCGGCUCCGGCGACAUGAUCAAACUCGGCACCGUCCGCUCCGAGAUCAUGUACUGGCUGCGCGCGCAAGCCAUCAAAGCUAUCAACGACGCCCUCGCGGAGCCCUCCCGCGCCUGCUCCGACGCCAUCAUCCUCGCCGUCGGCCGCAUCGCUCUGCACGAGCACAUGUACGGCGACAAGCACGCGUCCGCGCACGUGCACCGGCCGGCGCAGAAGCGCAUGAUUGAGAUGCGGGGCGGCAUGAAGGCGCUGGAGUUUCCGGAGCUGGUUAAGAGGCUCAUGCGGUGGAGUGAUCGGAUUAUGGCGGUGGGGAGUGGUACGGAGAGGUUGUUGGAGGACGAUGAGUCGAAUCCGAAUUUUACGCUCAGGGAGAGUGUGGGUGCGAUUGAGAGGUGGGCGCCGCAUGAGAUGCCCGGGGUGAGGAGUAAGAUUAGGAUUUCGGAUUUGGUUAAUGAGGAGGAUGAGGAGUGA